AUGAGAAAGAGAAAGAAGAACUUCUUCUUGCGGAUCAGUUACCCUACUGUGAUCACAUCAGUCAUCUUGCCAUUGGCUGCCUUCACCUACCUCCUACAUCAGAAGCUCAGCAUACUACCGCAGAAUAGGGCGACGCUCUACUUCUGCGUGGCCUACCAUAUAUUCACAAUGUUAGCAUUCACGGCAGGAUACCACAGGUGCUACGCUCAUACACUGUUUCGCCCGAAGUAUGGAUUUCUCCAAGUCUACUUCGCAGUUUUUGGAGCAGGUAUCGGCUUGGGACCUAUAAGAUGGUGGGCAGGGCUACAUAGAGCGCAUCAUCAGUAUACGGAUGAUCCUGAUAAGGACCCAUACUCGAUCAGAAGAGGAUUUCUUUGGGCUCACUGGGGAUGGCUUUUGAAGAGGCCCAAGUCAGACGCCUUUUUCCGUGAAUUUGUCGAAAAUGAGUUCAGUACUGACGACGUCGCUCUGAAUGAAUUAGAAUUUUCCAGGGAGCGGUCCAAGACGCAUUACGAGAAUUUUACUAGGGAGUACAUCAUUUGGCAAGAACAACGAUACUGGCUCUUUUUUAUUGUUUCGUCUAUAAUUAUCCCAGUAUUGAUUGCCGUUUAUUGCUGCGAGGACACCUGGAUCAAUGGUUUGGUUUAUCCGGGUGUUCUCAGGAUGUGUGCCUGUCAGCAGCUGCUUCUAAGCAGCGAGUCGUUCGGUCAUUCCAGAUGGCUUCCGCUCACGGUUCCAACGCAACCUUUCAAUGAUAAGAACUCGCUGGUCAAUUGUAUGAACCCUCUAUUUGCGAUGAUUUCAUUUGGGCAAAACCUGCAGAACUAUCAUCACGAAUUUCCACACGACUAUAGAGAUAGUUCUGCAUUGUGGGCUUACGAUCCCACGAAAUGGUUUAUUGCAAUCUUGUACCAUUUGGGGCUUGUCGAGGAUGUAUCAAAAACACCCACGAACUUAGUUGUUCAGCUCCAAAUCCAGCAGCAGCAGGCUGUUCUCAACAGACGAAGGUCUCAAUUAAACUGGGGAACGCCAAUUUCUAAGCUACCCAUGAUUACUGCAAAGGAGUUUAACAAGCUAUGCGGUGCCGCAGAUAACAAGCACCGUAUCUAUAUUGUCAUACAAAACAUCAUCCAUGAUAUCACGCCAUUUAUGGAUCAGCAUCCUGGCGGUAUCGCGUUGCUCAAGGCCUCACACGGUAAAGACGCUACUAAAGCAUUUUACGGCGGAGUAUACGGUCAUCUGACAGCCGCUGUCAACCUACUAGCCACAAUGCGGAUUGGCGUUUUGGCACUGGGUAACGACGAGGAUGUUUGGAGAAGGGUUGCCAGAGAAGAAGGCGAGGUGAGUGACGGAGACUCAAGAAGACAACAAAGUGGACUGCAUUCGACGGCAGAGGCCGCGUGA